AUGAACUAAAUCAGAAAUCUUAAGAUUUAUUGUUCAUGUGGGGAAAUGAAUCUUUUUCAAUAGGUUUGCCUAAGUAAGUCAUGCAAAGCUGUUAAUAGAGCUUAUUGUCUUAAAUGCGAUAAAAGAAUUGAACAUCUUGCGUGUCAAAACAAUCUAAAAGAUGAAAACGGAUUAAUUCACUUUUUUGAAGAUAUUGGGGAAAAAUAGAAUUUUAUAUUGAGAAAUAAUAAGAGUGCUUACAAGAAAUUUUAGAAAAAUUUAAUGAAUUAACUUCCAAGUUGAGGGAUAAGUGUCAAUAUAAUCAAUAGAGACUUUAAGAAUUAAAUGAAUCAAAAUUAAAGACCAUAAUAGACGAAAUUUUUUAAUUUUAAAAUGAAUUUGAAAAAGGUUUAGAAAAAGAGAUUUAGAUUUUUUCAAAAGAAAUGGAUACAAAAUUACAUAAUUGGAUCAAAGAAUUAAGUCCACCAAAUGCACAAUGUAAAUAUUAAUUAUUUUUAGAACCUUCCAUAUCCGAGUCUCAAGAACACGAGAAGCGAAAAACAAAGAGAUCUGCUCAAAAUGAAGCUGCUCAAUAACUCGGAGAUUAAAUUUACAGAGCAUCAAGAGCGCCAAAAAUUCCUCAAGAUUCUUUUGAGGCAGUAAUAAAGUUCUUACUUGAUUAAACAGAUUUCAACUUAGAUCCAAGAAUAGAUACUAUACAAAAUAAAUUUAUUUUCUUUAGCGUAGAAAUCAACCAACAAUCCUUUGAAAGCAAUAUUGCUUAAAUCUAAAAUAUAAGGUUUCCUAAUGAUUAUACCGUAAUAUAUCAACAUGACAGAUCUUGUAUAAGAACUUUGAAACCAAUAGCUUUCAGUAAAUAUAAUGAGUUUUACUUAAUGAAAAUAAAAAAUAGUAACUUUUAGGAUGAGGUGUUUUUUCUUAAGAUGCCUAUUGGGUAUUUAUUUUUUAAAUUCAAAGAGGAUAAACCUAUAGCUCAAUGAAUGAAGCAAUUCAAGAUUGUAGAUCCCAUCUAAUUUCGAAAAGAUUUAUGCAAAAAUUUGUUUCCUAAUUAAAUGGGAAAGGAUGCAAAACUCCUCCUAUUGGAUUUUCAGAUCUCCUGAUUCUUUAAGAAAAUGAAAGUAAAUUUGUUUUUUAAUUAUUAGAGAGUUUUUGGAUUGCAGAGAGAUUGUAUAAGGGAGAUUAUGUAACAUUUAAUAAUAACGCUGGAUAUAUAAAUAGUGAUGAUAAUCUCUUAAAUAAUGUAGCUUAAGUGUUUUCUAUUUACACAUAUAUCAUUAGUAAGUUUUAGUAUUUAAUUUGCAAUUUGUAAGGAGUAGGUUCUUUCCUAACAGAUCCAAUAAUCAAUACAGUUGAAGGGAAUUUUGGAGAAACUGAUUUAGGCAUAGAUGGUCUUUCUGAGUAUGUUAUUUCAGUUGAAAGAUUUAGAGAAACACGUUAUCAAAAAUACUUAGAUAUGUUGGAUGUAAAAUUUUGA